AUGAGUAUCUCCGAAGCAUAUGGUAUCCGAGCUUCAAGCGGCCUCACUGAGGUGAAUGGCAUGCAUGUCGCGCAUAACUUAGACAAGAAUCUAAUUCUGGCUCCUACCGGCGCCGGGGGCUUGACUUUUGGCCUACAAUGCAAAACAAACGAAACAACACUCGUCCUCAAGGAUGAUUUCAUGUCAGACAUUCUGUCUGUCAUCGGCCCAAGCGGCCGAGGGCCGUACGAGCUGCGGACUUCCCCUGAAACUAGACCAUUUGGCAUUGGUUCAAUGAUCUAUCAUGACUUUUCGAUGAAACCUCUUGGUGAUGGAACAGGGGGCCAGACUUUGAGAAUCGCCGAUGAGGACGUAAAUGAUGGACACUGGAUCGCAUGGAAAGACCCAGAAGGCAAUGGCGAAUGGGCGGUAUAUUGGGUGACACCUCUACCCUACAACAUGGAGGAUUUGCCUGGAGGCGUCCCUAUUGAGCUAAUUCUUGACAACAAGGCCUAA